GUACGCCUAAAGGUAGGCAAACCCCCAAGCACACAAGCGCAUCGUGUUUUCGGCAGGUAAAACGGCAAUGGAACAGCAAAGACGUUGGCAGUGAAUGUGAUGGACUGUUUCAAUUGUGUUCCGUUUGCAACGAUGCAAAUCCAGAGCAAUAUACAGAGCGUCAACUCGAUCUUCGGUUGCAACUCGUCCGGCCACAGCGGCAUCAACCAGCUCGGCGGUGUGUACGUGAAUGGGCGACCGUUGCCGGACUCGACGCGGCAGAAGAUCGUCGAGCUGGCGCAUUCCGGUGCCCGGCCGUGCGACAUCUCCCGCAUACUGCAGGUGUCGAACGGGUGCGUCAGCAAGAUACUGGGCCGGUAUUACGAGACGGGUUCGAUCAAACCGCGGGCCAUCGGUGGCAGCAAGCCGCGGGUCGCCACCGCUGCGGUAGUGUCCAAGAUUGCAGAGUACAAAGCGGAAUGUCCGAGCAUCUUCGCGUGGGAAAUACGCGACCGUCUGCUGUCGGAGGGCACCUGUAACAACGAUAACAUACCGAGCGUAUCUUCCAUUAACCGUGUGCUGAGAAAUCUGGCCUCCAACAAGGAAACGUCAUCGCAAAGCAAUGAGACGGUGUACGAGAAGAUAAAGCUGUUCAACAACACCAGCGGACACUGGACCUGGUGUCAGAACAUUGGAAGCGGUCAGUUUAACUUUUCCUCCCAUCCCAUCCCGCACCUCUCAUUGAAAACCUCCACCGAGCAACCAUCGAAGCCAGGUAUGCUAGCGAAUAUCAUCACCUCCAGCCAUCCAAUACUAAUCUUCCAACUGUUUCCAUCGCAUUCCUCGCAAACAAUGGCAGCGAACUGCUGCCUGGAGGAGAUGAGUGAUAAGUACUCGUCCGAAGAUGAUGAAGAUUCCGAGCUGCGGUUGAAGCUGAAGCGCAAGCUGCAACGCAACCGUACCUCGUUCACGAACGAGCAGAUCGAAAACUUGGAACGAGAAUUCGAGCGCACCCACUAUCCGGACGUGUUUGCCCGGGAACGAUUGUCCGAGCGGAUCCAGCUGCCGGAAGCCCGCAUACAGGUAAUUAUACCGCACCGUGCUAAGCUGGUGCGGUAGCUCAGGUAAUUCAGGUAAUAUUGCAAUCCUUUUCGGUGUACCGAUUGAUAACCGAUAGCGUAUUGUUGAAUGUGUACGAGUUCGUUACUAAGUCACUGAGGUAAGUCAAUGAGUGACCUAAGGAGAGUUGGUAAGGCGCACAUGCUUCAGUUACGAUACCUUCAAUAGAUAUAGGGAGAAGAUCUCAGGAACCCGUCAGAAUACAACGCCGAUUGAUAACUGAUCUCCUUUUUUGAGUGUGUACGAAUUCGUUACUAAGUCACUGAGGUAAGUCAAUGAGUGACUUAAGGAGGUUUGGUAUGAUGCAGAUGCAUCAGUUACGGCGACUUCAAUAGAUACAGAGAGAAGACCUCCAGAACCCUUCAGAAUACAACGCAAAGUAAAGCGUCACAUUUUGGAUCGAACUCUGUUGGAUAUUCUAGAGAUAAAAGGUAAAGAACUUUUCAAACUAAAUGGGGGCUUUUCUUAAUAGAAAUAUCUACGCAACUGAAGAUCACGCAGAGGACAUCGGAGCUGCCUAGAAGCUGAACCUGGGAGAAAGAUGUAAUGUAACCUUUUCUUUUACUCCUGUUUAGAUAUCUUCUUCAUGAAGGUAACAAUAUCUGAAGACUACCUAAA